AUGCAGGGGCCGCUCUUCAAGAAGCCGAGCAAAGACCCGAACUCUUCCAAGGUCAUCAAGCUGAAUCGGAAAGUCGGGAGCAAGGUGCAGAGCACCGGCCAAACGUGGCAGGGUCCUGCAGGUGGCCUCUGGCUCGAGUUGGAUGGAGACAAGCCGGGAUGGCUGCUGGUGGAAGGCCCGGGUUUCGGCCAGCCAGGGCCACUGCUGGAGGAGGUGCGACCAGGCGACGAGGAGCCAGUGGUGCUCUAUGCCCUCUCACCGAUCGACGACAGCAAGUUGUGCGACAUCUGCCUCAAGCCUUCACAGACAGUGAAGCACGCCAAACAUUGGCUGGCACUCCGCCUGCCAGGCUUGAAGGUAGAGAGCAUCAUCGUGGCCAAAGAGAAGCCCAGCGAGAAGACUCAUGGCCAAGGCUUGCGGAAUUUCCCCGCCAACUGGAUCCUUGAAGACGAGGUCCGAAUACGAGAUACCCCCUUCAAGGACGGCGACGAGUUCGUCUUCUUCUACAUGGGCGAUGCCGCCCAGGAUGUGGCCGAUCUACAAAGUCGCGCGGCGUCUCAAGGGUAA